AUGGGUCUAUUUAGAUUCGUGUUAUUAAUAACUAUAGUGUCAGUUACAUGUAAACCUGUUGAUUUAAAUAUUGUUCAGACUGAAGAAUUCAAUGAGUUAGUACUUGAACCAGAAAGUAAAAAUGUGAUUAAUGUUACUGAAGGCACAUCAAAUGAAGUUACGAGUUUAGGUAUGCGGAAUCAGGUACGUCCUGGAAUGGAAGUAUUGAGCUAUGCUAUUGAAAUAAACGCUGAUGUUAAUGCUGGCUCGUUCAAUGGAAGAGCGAUCAUCCAAGUACGAUUUAGCGAUGAAAGUACAAGAGAAGAUGCAAUUAUAUUACACGUUGCUGAUUUGAAUAUAAACAGAGUGCAGUACGCCAUUAUGGGUGGCAGUAAUCUGGUUGAUGCUGACUACUCUACGGAUGAUGAUGACCAAAUAAUAGAAAUAGAACCUGGACAAAUUGCUUUACUAUACACACUAUACAUUGAAUAUUCUGGAUCUUUGGAUAGGGCUGGUAAAGGAUUGUACAGAGGAAGCUAUGGAGAUAAUAACUAUUUGGCAAUGAAUCUACAUCCAACAUACGCGAGACGUGUGUUUCCAUGCAUGGACGAGCCUACAGAAGCAUCUAUAAUCUCCUUCUCAUUUGAGGGUCUGGAUUACAAUCAUCUAACAUCAAACUCUAUGCUAGAAGAAAACAGCCAGACACAUUUUCGAGCAUUGGUAGGUCCACCACACCUUUGGGGUAUGAUUGCGCACAACUUUGUAACUGUGAACUUGCCGACUGCCAACGUUUUGCUAUUUUCAAGACCUGGAAUUUCUAGCCAAGAUUCACACGCCUCCGUAGCCAUAAACUCGUUCUUCAAUCAUUUAAAUGAAUGGACCCAAAAGCCUUACCUCGAAGUGAUAGAGAAUCAAGAUGGCCGAAUGAACAUAAUGGUGCUACCUGAUGUAUCCACAGACUGGAACUCACUCUCUACAGUCGGUAUUUGGGAACCGUAUGUGUUCAUGGAACAAAAUCAUGCAGUGAAACAGAGGGUGAUAGGUCUGACUAAAAUAGCAGAAGCUAUGUCGAGGCAAUGGUUCGGAUAUGUGAUCUAUCCGGAAAACUGGAGGUACGAAUGGGUCGUCGCAGGAUUCACCACAUACUCGGCGUAUGAAAUGAUGAGACUGUUCCAGGGCGACAACAUUGCCAAUGAUGUAAAUUGGCUAGACGUUAAUACAUUAUUCGUAACUGAAGUUAUACAAGAAAGUUUGCUACGCGAUGCCUACAUCAACUCCAAUCCAUUGGAACCUGCGGAUAAUCUUUUUGAUGAAGAUGCAAUAAGGGAUCAUGUAAAUGGACUCGUCAAGUUAAAGAGUGCUGCGGUCAUGAGAAUGAUCAGGCUUGUACUCGGUGACGCCGAUACCGACUUCAUUCAGAUAGCAGCGAGAGCACUCCUUAAUGUACGAUCUCUAGAAACUAUUAAUACAUUGAAAUUCAUAGAUGGAAUAAACAGUGAAUUAGUAAACAGUAAUGUUGGUGACUUUGAUGAAUAUUUAGAACCAUGGGUUGAAAGCAACGGGUAUCCUCUUCUACGAGUUGAAAGCACGUUUAGCGGAGUAUUGCUGCAUCAGACCCCAUUUGGUUUCACAAACAGAGAUUCUCCAAGCCGUCUGUUACCAAUAACCUACACAACGAGUAUAGAAAAGAACUUCGAUAACAUUCAUCCGCAGUUUAUGUUAGAUAUAAAUCAUAACUUAAACGUCUUCUUAGACGAGGAAGAUUGGAUUCUCUUCAAUAUUCAGGGGCAAGGAUAUUAUCGCGUUACUUACGACACGACGCUUUGGGAAAGGAUUAUUGAAGCUCUUGAUGAUCCUGACAGGAGGGCGGAAAUACAUCCUUUGAACCGUGCUACUCUUGUAGACGAUGCUCUUAACUUGGCCAGAGCUGGACAGCUGGGCUACGACAUAGCAUUUGCAGUAGUUCUGACUAUGGAACAUGAAACUGAAUAUGCCGUGUGGAAAGCUUUCGUCAGAAAUAUGAAUUUCUUGAAGAAACGAUUAGAAGCUUUCGUUUUUGACGAUGAAGAUUUAGAUCCUGAUAUUUAUUUGAGAAUGGUCCGGAGAACAAUACCAGCAGUUGAAAGAGAACUAACGUUCUACCCUGACACGCCAUCUACAAGUGAGUCAGCGAUGACCUUAUUGACUCGAGGUCUGGUGAUGGAUCACGCUUGUAGAGCUGGAUACAGACCUUGCAUCGCUGCAGCUGUCGACUGGUUCUAUGAUCCUAACAAUAACGAAGUCGUGAAUCCUAACAUCCCUCACGAAAUCAGACCAGCAGUAUACUGUACUAUGGUGAGAGAAGGUGGUGAUGAAGUCAUAGAAGCCCUAUAUAACAGGCUGGAAAUCGAACCGACCCAUUACGAGAGAGUCGUCAUUUUGGAGUCUCUAGGAUGCUCAAAUGAUCCCAAUUUUAUUAAUGGACUCCUCAUGCAAACUAUAGCAUCAAAUAGUCCCUACAGUGUAGAAGAACGAGUUAAGAUUUUCGCUGCAGUGGCAGAAAGCAGUUACACGAAUGCAGAUCUAGCUCGUGAUUUCAUGAGGUUGAGAGUCAAUGAAAUCAGAAACAUGUAUGGCGUAGAAAAACUUGAAGAGUUGAUAUUUGUCCUUGCGGAAAACAUGGCGGACAGAGAUUUAACUAGAGAAUUUGAAAUCUGGGUGCAGAGUUCGUUCAAUAACCUGGAGGACUCACAAAUGGCUGCUGAACGUGCACUGGAUUAUGUGCAAGAAAACCUUAACUGGGAAGACACAUAUAGAGAUGAUGUGUAUGAAUGGAUCGACGAGAACCAUGCGCCCACUCUUGUGCUAUCACUAGUAGCGCUCUGCGUGUCUAUCAUGGCGGCAAUAUUUAAUCAUUAA